UACAAGCCUUAGUAUCUCCACAAUUUCAUAAUUACCAUUUGUCUCAACCUCCAAACAUAGCCCAAGAUUGGAAUAUUACAGAAUUUUUAAUGUAUUGAAAUGGAGCUAAUUCCUAUGAAAGAUAACUCACUUCUCCCACCUUCCUUUCUACCCUCUACCUAUAUAAAUCUCCAUGCAAAUUCUCAUAUUUUCACAAGCUCAAUCCCAUCUAUUUACUACCCAAAAAAACCCACAAUACAUUAAUACUAUUGAAAUCAUGGUUGCAGGUACAGUGAGUCAUGAAAUCCUUUCUCCAAUUUCACCGUCUAGACUCUGGAAGGCGAUCGUGAAGGACUCCCACAACCUCAUGCCCAAGCUCAUGCCUGAAAUCAUAUCAAGCAUCGUUAUCCUUGAAGGUGAUGGUGGGGUUGGCACGAUCAGACAGUCCAACUUCACUGAUGCUAUCAAGGACUUCAGCUACUGGAAGGACCGCAUAGACGAGAUCGAUGAUGAUAAGCAUGUGUUCAAGUACUCAGUGAUCGAGGGUGGCCUUCUUGGUAAGAAAGUGAAGUCGACUACAUUUACUCUAGAGUUCAAAGGCGGCGUUGAGGGCGGGAGCGUAUGCAAGUUCCAUGGAGAGUUUGAAACUGUGGAAGGAAGCGUGCCGAAAGAAGAUGAAACAAAGGAGAUGAUGGGAAACAUGGUGGGAAUGUUCAAGGCUGUAGAAGGCUAUCUCCUUGCAAAUCCAAAUGCAUAUGCUUAGCUUUGGUUUUUAUGUUGGGAAGAUUGUUGUAAUCCUUUCAUCUUGGGUUUUGCAUGAUUGUUGAAUAAGUUCCAUUUCCUUGGAAUGUGUUUGA